CCCUUACUCAGCUGCUGCAGGUCCCCUGCUGUAGGUACAGGUCCAUCUGUUUGGGAGCCCUCUGUGUGAUGCAAGCCUGGUAAACGAGACAAGAAAAGGACUCUCUCAUUCAGAUACCCAGCCGGAUCAGCCAGGAUUAGACCCCCUGCAUGUCCCUACAGAGUCCAUGCUGUCUGCCCUGCACCCCCAAAUCCUGGGUGCCCUGUCUGUAUAGUGUGAUCUCCUCCACCCCUGGGUGCCCUGUCUGUAUAGUGUGAUCUCCUCCAGCCCUGGGUGCCCAGUCUGUAUAGUGUGAUCUCCUCCACCCCUGGGUGCCCAGUCUGUAUAGCCCUGGGUGCCCAGUCUGUAUAGUGUGAUCUCCUCCACCCCUGGGUGCCCAGUCUGUAUAGUGUGAUCUCCUCCAGCCCUGGGUGCCCAGUCUGUAUAGUGUGAUCUCCUCCACCCCUGGGUGCCCAGUCUGUAUAGUGUGAUCUCCUCCACCCCUGGGUGCCCAGUCUGUAUAGUGUGAUCUCCUCCACCCCUGGGUGCCCUGUCUGUAUAGUGUGAUCUCCUCCACCCCUGGGUGCCCAGUCUGUAUAGUGUGAUCUCCUCCACCCCUGGGUGCCCAGUCUGUAUAGUGUGAUCUCCUCCACCCCUGGGUGCCCUGUCUGUAUAGUGUGAUCUCCUCCACCCCUGGGUGCCCUGUCUGUAUGGUGUGAUCUCCUCCACCCGUGGGUGCCCAGUCUGUAUGGUGUGAUCUCCUCCACCCCUGGGUGCCCAGUCUGUAUAGUGUGAUCUCCUCUACCCCUGGGUGCACUGUCUGUAUAGUGUGAUCUCCUCCAGCCCUGGGUGCCCAGUCUGUAUAGUGUGAUCUCCCCCACCCCUGGGUGCCCAGUCUGUAUAGUGUGAUCUCCUCUACCCCUGGGUGCCCAGUCUGUAUGGUGUGAUUUCCUCCACCCCUGGGUGCCCAGUCUGUAUAGUGUGAUCUCCUCCACCCCUGGGUGCCCUGUAUACUGUCACCCCCCUCCCAGUGCUGUGUAUACUGUACUCCCCCACCUGUGUGAUGCCCCCCCUCCCAUGAUAAAGUAUUGUCACUGAGCUUCCAGGUCCCAGAGCUCCCCCUGCUCAUGCUCCCCUCCACGCUCCUUUAUCCCUAAUUCUCCAUCUCACGCCCCCUCCUGGCCCCCGGAUCCUCGUGCUCCGUGUCAGACCGAAUUGUGCACAACCCGGGAAUGGCUGAGAGCCGUCGGACACUGGCUGCCCUGGGGAGGAGGCUGCUGGCCGCAGCGCUGUGCACACUGCUGCUCUGCUCACAGUGCGGCUUCUCCCGGACCCUGAGGAAGAGAGCCCUGAAACUCAGCGACAAGGACGAUGUGAGUGAGGGAGGGCACAGGGUGCCAGGCAUGGGGGAUACAAUGUGCCAGGCAUAGGGGACAGUGUGCCAGGCAGGUGAGACAGGGUGCCAAGCCUGGGGGACACAGGGUGCCAAGACGGGGGGGAGGGCACCUCUACACAACUUACCUAUUUAUUUGUAUCUAGAUUUGUCUAUAUGUAUCCUGAUUUCUGUAUCUCUUUAUCUGUCUCAUCAUCUUUCUAUCAAUGUAUCUGCCUGUCUGUGUAUGCAACAUUCAGAAAAGGGUGACCUAGUAAUGACAUGUUUUCAGCAUAUGGUCUAUUUAUCCUAUUAAACCUUAUGUCUAUUAAUUUUUAUUCUGUGGAGUUAAAUUACUAAAUAUGAAUAGUGGGAAAAGUUGUCCGAUGCAGAUGGGGGAGUAAGCACAUUUGAAAAUCACUGUGAGUUUAUUUCCUGAGCUAUAUAUGUCAUUCUACAUUGAUUGCUGUAAUUAAAGGCAUAAUAAAAACAUUUAGGGGUUAGUUUACUAAACACCGUAUUGUAUCAAAGUGGUAUUUGAACGACAUAACGUUGUCUAAUUUAGGACUUAGAGAAUGUUUCCUGAUAAACAAAGUGUGUCGGAAUUUUUCCUUUUUAUAAAUUUGUUCCAAUUUGGAGUUCAGUGAAUACGGUCUAUUAUCAGAUUCUGUGUGAGAGAAAAUGAGGUCAGGAUGUCGGUGUCGGAUCUCUUACUGCACUUGUGUUGUCUUUCAAUAGGAGUCAAGUGUUGGCGAGCUUGGGGUUUCUGUCUGUGAUACGGAGUGUCUGUUUCAUUCUCAUUCCUCUAAGUUUUUAUUAUAUAUAUAUGUAUAGAGAGAGAGAGAGAGAGUCACAGACUUUAUUCAAUUAUUAUUUUUCAAUAUUAAUACUUUUAUGGACUCACCAUAACUCGUUAAUGAAUAAAAACUAAAGGCCAAAGCACGAUGCUCUCUGUACUCCGGAUAAUGUCUUAAUUUCAAAUUUACCUUUUUUUCCCCUUCGGUAAAAACUUUACAAUUAGCUGUGUUGGAAAAAUUACUGAAGUUGGGAACAUUUUAUAUUUUGGAUUUUUUUCAGCCUUAUAGUUGCUCUCGCUUAGUGAAUAAGCCUGUGUAGUUUACUUUAUUUUGCAUUGCUGGGUAUUUUUAGCAUUCUCCGCGAUCUGACGAUACGGGGGAGAUCUCAAAGGAUGCUGCCUUUUUGUAAUAUCUUGGUCUCGUUUUUUGCUUUUGGUAUCUGUUAUUUUUUACUCCCAAGACUGUGUGUCGGAAUCACACAAGGUUCUGCUAUGCAAGCUACUAACUCCAGCAGCAUGUAAUGCAUUCUAGUCCAGAAGUUGCCUAAUUCCUGAAUACAGGGAUGAUCCAAAACAUUAUCCAGUGUUUUAACUGCAAAUCCAUAGUGCAGGCUGCCAAAGUAUCCUGGGAUUUAUAGUUUUACAACUGCUGGAAGACUGUCCCUUGUCCACCCAUUUAAUGGAACAUUCAUUUUUGGAGUUACCAGUCAGUUUGUUUCUUUUUAAAUCAUUAUAGAUAAAUAUAAAUAAUAGUGGGUGUUUUUUCCUUGACAUUUCUCCUCUGACACUAGGAACUAGCUAAGAUCGCAGCCAUCCCUGGUCUCUAAUUGCUUUCACUGCAAAUGUGGUGCUGUAAUAGCAUGCCCGCUUAUACAGCACAAUGUAUCACAGAGCUGCAAGUGGCGUCUUGAAAACCAUAAAUGAAUAUCGUUUUAGAAUUGUAGUGGGAUGUUCGGACAUUGUCCCUGCAGACGGCUUAGGACACAACAGAUUUACUCACUACAGCACUAAUGUUCAGGGGUUCGACGUUAAUUUCAAAUAUAAGAUCACAGUAGUCGAACUAGAAAAUUCUCCAAGUCAGACAUGCUUCCUGUUCGGAUACAUUGGCCUUAAAUUUGAAAUUUACUUUGAAUUUUCACUUUAGUGAAUAACCUUGUACAGUGAAUGCAUGAUCAAUUAUCUACUUAAUUUCCCCUCUCCUCUUUAAAUUUCCCAAGUGGUUUGGGACCACGAGGCAUCAUUGAACAUGUAAAGCCGACGCAUUUAAUUGCUCGAACAGACACUGUCGUCUCCUGGAUCAUGUCAAUGGUUUUGUUUACUUUUCCUGGUACCUCUGCUGAUGUAGUCUGUAUUCUUCUGUAGUUCCUCAAGGUUAUGUGUGUCAGGGCUUCUGACGUGAUUCAGCAUGUCCACUGGAUCUUCUUGAUCUCCAGAACUUCCUUCCUCUUCACUUUAUAUCCUUCUGCCUUACUUUUUGCCUUGUGUCUUCGGUAACAUAUCAGCACUUUCCCAUAGCUUAGCAUUUCCAAAACAGAGUUUGCAGUGAUUCCUCCUAAGUAAUGCUGCUAAAUUCUUCUUAGAUGUUGAGCUGUGCAAGUGCUUUAUCAGGAGGUGCGGUAAUCCCUUUGACACGUUGGCUCAUAUACGAAGUUCUCUGCUGUAAAUUUCCACAUGUCCAUUCAUCCAUGAUAAGUAAAAACUUCAAUUAAACAAGGCAAUGAAAAAUAUUCCUUUCCAUGUGCGUAGCAUUUAGAUGAAUAAGCAACUUUCCCCAGCUGGGAUAUAUUCCAGACCUGUGUGUGUGUGUGUGUGUGUGUUUGUGUGUGUGUGUGUGUACAGUAUGUCUGUGUAUAUAAAAUGACUGUAAAAUGCAGAAAUCUAUUUGCAAGCGAUGUUAAAGUAAAUACUUUGCAAACGUAGUAGGAUUCCUAAGGUUAUAAGACACGAGUAAUAGAUUUGAUAGAAAUGUUGCUAUAUUAAGAAAGAGGUUUGGUUUUAUUUUUAGUACAAAAAAUCGUAAAUUUUUGUGCUAGAAAAAAAUUGAUUAAAAAAGCUUUUUUUUCUGUCCUAGAUAUUGAUAUUAUUAUUACCAAACCGAUUGGUACUCUUUGUAAUUGACCUGGCAUUGAUGACCUGAACAGACUUGCAACCUUGAAGUUUAAACAGCUUAUUUUGCAGCAAUGUAUAGCUUCAUAUUGUUCUAUGUAACAAAGCACCAUAGAGUGCGGUCUCUGGGAAAGAGCUGCCCAGUGUGACAAUGUACCAUAGAGUUCUGUCUCUGGGAAAGCGCUGCCCAGUGUGACAAUGUACCAUAGAGUUCUGUCUCUGGGAAAGAGCUGCCCAGUGUGACAAUGUACCAUAGAGUUCUGUCUCUGGGAAAGCGCUGCCCAGUGUACCAUAGACAGCUGCCCAGUGUGACAAUGUACCAUAGAGUUCUGUCUCUGGGAAAGAGCUGCCCAGUGUGACAAUGUACCAUAGAGCUGUCUCUGCUGCCCAGUGUGACAAUGUACCAUAGAGUUCUGUCUCUGGGAAAGAGCUGCCCAGUGUGACAAUGUACCAUAGAGUUCUGUCUCUGGGAAAGAGCUGCCCAGUGUGACAAUGUACCAUAGAGUUCUGUCUCUGGGAAAGCGCUGUCCAGUGUGACAAUGUACCAUAGAGUUCUGUCUCUGGGAAAGCGCUGCCCAGUGUGACAAUGUACCAUAUAGUUCUGUCUCUGGGAAAGAGCUGCCCAGUGUGACAAUGUACCAUAGAGUUCUGUCUCUGGGAAAGCGCUGCCCAGUGUGACAAUGUACCAUAGAGUUCUGUCUCUGGGAAAGAGCUGCCCAGUGUGACAAUGUACCAUAGAGUUCUGUCUCUGGGAAAGCGCUGCCCAGUGUGACAAUGUUCCAUAGAGUUCUGUCUCUGGGAAAGCGCUGCCCAGUGUGACAAUGUACCAUAGAGUUCUGUCUCUGGGAAAGAGCUGCCCAGUGUGACAAUGUACCAUAGAGUUCUGUCUCUGGGAAAGAGCUGCCCAGUGUGACAAUGUACCAUAGAGUUCUGUCUCUGGGAAAGCUGUGUGACAAUGUACCAUAGAGUUCUGUCUCUGGGAAAGAGCUGCCCAGUGUGACAAUGUACCAUAGAGUUCUGUCUCUGGGAAAGCGCUGCCCAGUGUGACAAUGUACCAUAGAGUUCUGUCUCUGGGAAAGCGCUGCCCAGUGUGACAAUGUACCAUAGAGUUCUGUCUCUGGGAAAGCGCUGCCCAGUGUGACAAUGUACCAUAGAGUUCUGUCUCUGGGAAAGAGCUGCCCAGUGUGACAAUGUACCAUAGAGUUCUGUCUCUGGGAAAGAGCUGCCCAGUGUGACAAUGUAAAGAGUUCUGCUGCCCAGUGUGACAAUGUACCAUAGAGUUCUGUCUCUGGGAAAGAGCUGUCCAGUGUGACAAUGUACCAUAGAGUUCUGUCUCUGUGAAAGAGCUGCCCAAUGUGACAACACAUCAUAGAGUGCUUUCUGUGUGAAAAAGCUGCUCAAUGUGACAAAUCCCAAUAGAGUGCUGUCUCUGUGAAAGAGCUACUCAAUGUGGUGAUUUACCAUAGAGUGCCAUCUCUGGGAAAGAGCUGCCCAAUGUGACAAUGCACCAUAGAGUGUUAUAAGAGCCUACCCAUCCCUAAUGUGAUCCUUUCUUUGGAGGUCUGAUGACAUUUCCUUGGAAUCAGAAUGUUGGUUUCAGCGCUCGCCUGGCCUGCUAUAACUUCUUUAAGGUCUCGGAUACUGUUUUGUCCUUUCCGUUUCCAAUAUAAGCCUUCGUCCCUCCCUAUGCUUUGUAGUGUGCAUAGCUGAAUUGUAAAUCGUUUGCUGUCCAUCAUCAAGGCUAUGAAUAUGAGUUUGUACUCGAGGUUUGUCUGGAUUUGAGAAUCUGUCCCAUGUCCAAGUACAUUCAAGCCCAAUCCCAGUCUUUGUCAGAGAUCUGAUUCAACAGCUGAGUUGACAGAAUCCAGCAGCUCUGCUUCCUGUGAGGAUUCUGCAUUCACUACAUUGCACUUGCAGCUGUCUAGCAAUGCUGGGGAUCGAAUGAGGACACGUCCCUGCUUGUAACAGGAGCACUGCCAUGCUAAAAGUGUAAGGGCAGGCUGCCUGUCAUAGGAGAAUUCAUAUGGUAAACAUGAGAGGGGGAAUCCUAUUGUAUUGCCAGUCUUACCAUCUUGUCAUUGUAGCUCUAUGUAGAUAGGGUACUAGAGGAGAGGGCAGGAUUCCUGAUUAGCGUUGGAACUCAUGACUGGGGUUAUCGGUGGGACUUAGGGUUAUGCAUGCGCAAUCCGUAUUAGAAGUAAGAUUUCAGGGUCAGUACUCACAGUGGUAUAGUAUUUAUUAAAGUGAGAAUUCAAAGGGGAUUUUAAAUUUAAGGCCAGAGCAGCCAAACUGAAAGGAUAAUUAACAUAGAGAUGGUUUCCGGUUCGGAUUUUAUGACCUUAAAUGUAAAAUUAACCUUUAAUUCAGUUUGCAAAAUUAGGGGUUAGGAUUAGAACCGGGAAUUAGCAGUUGGGUUAAAACACUGGAUAAGGAUCUGGAAUGAUGUGUUACUCUGUAUUAGGAAUUAGUAGUUUGGACAACUGGAGGUGUAGGAGUCAGGACUACAAGUUAGGAAAUGGUAUAUCGGUGGCUAGGUCACAGAAUUAGCAGGUCCGGACUCUGGCGUUAGGAUUACCAGUUCUUCCUCUGUACUCCGUAUAAGGUCCCAAGAGAAGCGUUAGGAUUCAGGAUGUGUCAAAAUAAAUUGUCUCUUCUGUUGCACACUCUGUUUAGUAUUUUCUUUUAACGUGAUUAGCAUUUACCUGGCAGUAAGAGAUGUUAUUAGCUUGGACUUUUUUACUUCAUUUUGCAAAACUGUUAUCAACUUCCGUAUUGUUUUAUUUUUUUUGUCCCUUAUAGACCUUUCUGUGAAUAAUAAUGUGUUUCCCUCAGCUCUGACCGUGAACUGGUUAAAGAGAAUUUCGCAAUCCAGUACGGAGUCUGCCUAUAGGCUUCUGCUAACAAAAGCCAGAGUCUGCUUUACAUCUGAAUGCCAUUUGUUUCCCUUUUUUGGGGGUUAUGGAAUCUAGAAUACUUAACUUGUCUUCAGUGGUUUUAUAAACUAACUUGAAAAAAUAAAUCUCCUGUAGGGCUUUUUUUUUUAAAUGUAUAAAAGGCAGAAAGGUUUUGGGAAGGAGAACCAGAUGUUUGGCAGACGGUCUGAGCAGAUGUUAAUAUCUGCCGGACGUUUGAUGACUCACUUGCAGCAGUUGAACAAUGUGAGGUUAUCUAUAAAAGAUUUAUAAGUUCUAUUUAGACCAGUUGUAAAAAGUAUUUAUUGUCUCAUUUUUUGCGUUUCGGGAGUUGUUAAUGUAGCGCCUUCUAAUUUAGUGAUUUAUACAGUAAUAUCAGAGCCAAGAGCCUUUUAUCGAUAUUAUUUGCAGACCGGCCUACAGUUUAUAAUGCCUUUUUGCACCAAAAACAGAAAAAGCUUUAAGAUUUCUAUACCGUAUAAGGUGAAAAGCAAACUAUUAUAAUAUAAUAUAAAUAUAAUUAAUUUAUAUUAUAAUUCCAUAAAAUAGCAACAUACCAACUAUUCUUACUACGGCAACGAUUCUGCUGGCGUUAUCUAAACCCACGUGGGGAUCUGUAGGUAAUGAGGGGGAGAGAGAACGUGACGAUACUGUCUGAGGGGUUUUUAUUAAGGAGAGAAAAUAGGGGUUGAUUGGAGUAAAGCAGGUUACAACUAGAGGGGGGUAGGUUUGUAGGGAGGUUGUUGGAUACACAGCAGUAGGUAAAACUGAUUAAUGUUCUAUGGAGCAAAUGCUGAAUAGGCUGGAAUGAAGAAAAGGGUAAGCUGGGGGAGAUAAAGCUCAAGGAGAGUAAGGGGGAACAGACUGGAAUUAGGAAGGGGUAAGCCGGGGGAGAUAAAGGUGAAGGAGAGUAAGGGGAACAGACUGGAAUUAGGAAGGGGUAAGCCGGGGGAGAUAAAGGUGAAGGAGAGUAAGGGGAACAGACUGGAAUUAGGAAGGGGUAAGCUGGGGGAGAUAAAGCUGAAGGAGAGUAAGGGGAACAGACUGGAAUUAGGAAGGGGUAAGCUGGGGGAGAUAAAGCUAAAGGAGAGUAAGGGGAACAGACUGGAAUUAGGAAGGGGUAAGCUGGGUGAGAUAAAGCUAAAGGAGAGUAAGGGGAACAGACUGGAAUUAGGAAGGGGUAAGCUGGGGGAAAUAAAGGUCAAGGAGAGUAAGGGGAACAGACUGGAAUUAGGAAGGGGUAAGCCGGGGGAGAUAAAGGUGAAGGAGAGUAAGGGGGAACAGACUGGAAUUAGGAAAGGGUAAGCUGGGGGAGAUAAAGCUAAAGGAGAGUAAGGGGAACAGACUGGAAUUAGGAAGGGGUAAGCUGGGGGAGAUAAAGCUGAAGGAGAGUAAGGGGGAACAGACUGGAAUUAGGAAGUGGUAAGCUGGGGGAGAUAAAGCUGAAGGAGAGUAAGGGGGGACAGACUGGAAUUAGGAAGGGGUAAGCUGGGGGAGGUGAAGGAGAGUAAGGGGGGACAGACUGGAAUUAGGAAGGGGUAAGCUGGGGGAGAUAAAGGUGAAGGACACUAAAGGGGAACAUACUGGAAUUAGAAAGGGGUAAGCGGGGGGAGAUAAAGGUGAAGGAGAGUAAAGGGGGAACAGACUGGAAUUAGGAAGGGGUAAACUGGGGGAGAUAAAGCUGGUGAGGUCUGGAGGAGAGAAAGGGGGAAUAGACUGGAACUUGGCUGCAGAUCACUAGAAAGGGACUAAGCUGAUGGGAAUAAAGGCUGCAGAUCAGUAGAGGAGGUAAUUGUGAGACAGGCUGCUGGGAGUGAAGAGUAAGUCUGGAGGAAGGGAGAGAGGAUAGAUGGAUACCAUAACAAGCCAGGGAUGGAGUGGAGAGAAAUAAGUGUGACAGAAUGGAAAAACGACCGGGGCAGAUAAGAAAAAUUAUCAUGCAGCAUCCUGAGGACCUUCAUUAUCUCAAUCAUCUCAAACAAAAUAGCAUUAGGAGUAGAAACCUGUGUUCCUAACGGUGUAAUGCCCCCAUCCCGAGUAUUAGGUAAGGUCCCCCUCAACCCCUCACCCUCCAUGUGCAGGAAUAGUGACUAAAGUGAAAGUUUUACUCACCUUUUUACUGAGCUGAGGUUCCAUUGGCGUUGCUCAUGUCUCUGCCUCCCGCAACGUCAUGGAGGAGGCAUCGUUCAGAAGACAGCCACUAGAAGUGACAUUGCCAUUUAGUGGUCCUUUAACAAUUGCUUAAAGGGUAAUGCUGCCAAUGAGUAAUGAUUUAAUGGCAAUAAUACCAUCAUAGCAGUAACCGAGUAGCUGUGUCAGUUCAUAUGUGUGUUUAUUGUGUUUGAAGUGACCAGAGGCUGCCAACUUGGCUUUCUAUAUGCACACACCUUGAGCUCUGAAACCAUUCCAUCCUAUCCCUGUGUACACAUUGGCUACAUUUUGCACUGGAGAAAGCUUGGGGUGCACUGCUGGGCUUCCUUACAGUCUGCAAUGAUAACCUGCAAUAUGCUUACACUCUGUGUGCCUGAAUAAGGCAUUCUUUUUAGCAUCUUUGGAAAGCUGCAAUUCGAAAUAUGUAAUCACGUUUCUUCUCAAUAACUACAAACUGGGUGUGUGCAUUUAUUUGCAUUCAUUUUGUAUCUUUAUACUAACUAAUUCCCCAGCGCUAUACAAUAUUAUGAAAAGCGGGGAAAUUUAUAAUAAAUGAGACAAUUACACCGUGACACAGGAACAAUAAGUUGAUGAGGGCCCUCAUCACACCUCAGGCAAAGACUCUGUCCUUCUGGGAUCUUUGCAUAUUUUGCAAGGACCCCUGAUGGUGACAUUUCUGCUAGGGUUUCAGUGGUCCGGAAGUGCAGCAGAGGUAAGUGAUACUUACCUGAUGCUGUUCUCUGCAGGUGCCACCAUAUUUAAACUUCAGCUCCAGGCUCAACACCAGCAGGAGCCCACGUCCGUGCUGUAUGUUAUGUGCGAGAGUACAACACGGAUGUCUAUCUAGGAUCCCAUGUUCAUGUCUUGUCAUGAGAGAAAUAAUACCUUCUUCUCAUAGCUGUUACCAGCAACGGGAAGGGGGGAGUCACAUAGCUCCACCUUUUGUCAACUUAAGGAUUUACCAUUAAGCAAAGUAGUCCCUACUUUGUCAUACGAUAUCUUUUGACUGCAUUGGAACUUCGGUUGAAUUUCGUGUUUAUGUACAUUUCAUUAGCUGCAUAAAAUUAACUGGAGUUAUAUUGAAACUCACUUCUUCAGGAAAGCGUAUCAAUUAAACGGUGAACAGCUUUCCCUCCCCGCACCCUGAUUCCUCUCCUGCAACUGAUAUCAAAACUCUAAGCCCUCAAUGAACACUAUCCUAGCGCUCUGCUUUUCUACCCUACCCUUACCUUUUCUACCCCACUCCCUCUAGCAUGUAAGCUCAUUGAGCAGGGCCCUCAACCCCUCUGUUCCUGUGUGUGUCCGUUUACAAAUACUGUUAGUCCACCCAUUGUACAGCGCUAUGGAACUUGUUGGCGCUUUAUAAAUAAUAAUAAUAAUAAUAAUAAUAAUAUUGCACAUAAGCUUUUUAGAAAGUGGUUGUCUCACUAUCCCAUUACUUCUGUUGUAUAUUUAGCUCCCACUAGCCUCAGCCAGAAUCUCAUUGAUGGAUUGUAGUUCAUUGGAGGCAUGCAACUUCGUGCGCUCAGUGUGAUGGCCCGUAAACCAGAACUGAUUCAUGAUUUGUUUUAUUUUUCAGAGAAUUGGAGAGUUAAAUUGUCUGAGAGCUGGGCCACACUGUAGCCAGCUGAUUGACAGCCCAGAAAGGCCGCACAAACUUAAAAAAUAAUUUAUCUCCAGUAUUAAACAUUUUUAAAAAGAUAGGCUGCAGGAACAGGGACUUUGCACCGUAAAUAUGCCAGUAGGAUGAAGUGGUUAUAGUGCUUAAUGUUAUCUUUUAACUUUCUGUAGCACUGCUGAAAUAAUCCUACAAAUAAUGCCUUCUGAGCACAGCAAGUGUUUCUGGGAGAUGUAGUUCAGUUGUAAGCUUUCUGCAAGUUGCAAGUCAUGACAUUAUCGCUCUAUAUAAUAUUUAUCUUGGUGUUAUGUGCCCUGCAUUAAAUCCCUAAAUCAUGUAAUAUGAAUCUAACGGACCAUGCUCCCCAUCACUAUUCAUCAUCCUCUAUCUGUGUUUUCUUUUCCCAGGAUUAUGAAUACCCUCUCCAUCCCCACAACACUAACUACCAAAAGAAUGACAGGUGCCCGCCUCCACCCCAAUCCCUGCCAGAUCGAGCCUGCGAGGUGCCCAGCUGCCGCUCCGACUCUGAGUGCGAGAGACACAAACGCUGCUGUUACAACGGCUGUAUCUACGCCUGCUUAGAGUCAGUCCAGCCUCCGCCAGGUAUGACAUCAUCCACUUCCAGCUGGCUGGCUGAGCAUGAUGAAAAACUUAAAUGUGGUGUUUAAUGUUGUGAUCAACAUCAGUCAUGUCUCGGAGCAGCCCCAGGCUUCAAAUACUGGUUAAAUCACGGCCUAAUCUGUAUUAAUCUCAGUGUCUUCCUCUUAUUCUCAAUUAAAAAGUGGAUUUAAUGUGUGCUCAGCCAAUAAGGUAAACCCUACACCGCUGAGCCAGCUCAGUGCAGAGAGCUUCCAGCUCUUCAGGAAGAGGUGACUGCUGCACAACGGACCCCAGCUAAGUUGUUUGCAAAACUUUUGACUACUUAGCCUGGGAGGGUGUCAGUGCACUUGUGUACUUUGCUGUAGUGGUUAUGGUGCUUGAAGUGUUCCUUUAAUAAGGAAUAUUCUAAAGGUAAUGUCUUGUUUUUAUUAUCAGUAGGUGUAUUUUUACUGUUUGUUUAUUGAUUUAUUUUAUUUACACAGCUGUAUCGGGUGUUUUAAAUAAAUACAACUAAAUCAAUCUUGGAAACAGACAUUUGAAUAAUAUGAUACAUAAAACUCCAAAAUACAGGAGAAGGUAGUUAAAUCGUAUACUAUGUGGCAGUCAGUAUGUGCCCCAAGUCAAAUUUAUGGACUCGGUUGUUUGAGUGAUUCACUGACUUGUGUUUAACGCCUAGCACAGAGCCGUGUAUUCAUCGUGAACCAGCAGAGAAGGUAGAAUGGCGACGCUGCAGAGCUCAGUGGCUGCCUUAGUAUGGGCUCCAUUUAGAAAGUCCGUUUAUUAAAGGGCAACUCCAUGCAUCAAAACCAGCACAGCUCAUUGCAGUAGUUAUGGUGCAAAUAGUUAGAGUCAACAAAGGAAAGGCUGUAGAGAUAUCUAAAUACUGGUGAAUGCUGCCAGUCCAAGCACCACUCCCAAACAAAUCUAACAAUAGGAAUACAGGUAUCAGAGGGUACCAGGUAGCGGCACAUAAAUUAAUACAAACCCAAAUAGUAGACAUAUUUUAUCUGUUAAAUAAACCAUGGCCGGUCACAAAAAAGUGAGAGAGAAGAAAACAAAAAGAUUGUGAUACAAUACAUUUUUUCAAGUAACAGAAAUAAAAGUAUAAAAAAACACUCACAAACAACAAUGCACAUAUAUAACACAAUGUACAAAAAGAGCCCUUGCAAUGCUGUUCAUAUAGCCCCAUCGCAAAGUCCGCCAGUAUCAGAGAGAGAGGGGCAGUCGUACAGAACCACGGAUUGCCACUUCCACUUCUCUCUGGGAGAGAUUCUAUGUGGACACUCAAUCCACUUGCACAGCGGUUGAAACGUUCACUGGUCAAUGCGUUUUACUCCUACAGUAUAGCAUUGCAAUAUGGAGAUUUUGGCUUGGAACAGUGCUAGACUGCCAUCAAGCGGACAUAAAGGGUAAUUACAUUUUAAGCACAUUUUGUUUAAUUGGUACGAUAUUUUUUAUUCUGUGACAGCAGGUGAGCCUCCCGAGUUACAAACUUUAGCUCCUAUCACUUUCACAGAAUACAUAUGGCCGAUUCUGGGUUAUUUAUAUAUUUUUUUCCUAAUAACACUUCUUAUGUCUAUAAACUAUUUAUGCUGGUUUGAGCAUUUGUAACAUUAGAACUGGGGAACCCAGGUUUGAAUCCCGGUCAGACCACCUUUCCAGUAAGUGCCCUUGAGCAAGAUACCUAAUAAUGAAUAUCUGUCUACUUCAAAUACACAUUAAUAUUCCCUUUCUAGAAUUGUAAAGCUCUACGGAAUACGUUGGCGCUACAUAAAUGCUAACGAUAAAUAGCUUGCUGUGCAUAAUGGGAGAUCUUUGCAAACCGCUGCCUUCAAUGUCCGAAGGGAUUAACAAGCUUAGCUGAAUAAUGUUUCUACCUGCUUUCAGUUACUGCGUCGGUACAGCAAUUAUUAAUUAAAACAGAACUCAAACUGAUCAGUUAAUUCAGACAGCAAAGACAGCCCAGUCAGGUGUCCCGUCAAUUCAUUGUUCUGCUGGCUGCAGCCCACAGCUUCUAAAACAGGAGGGACAUAAUUACAGGUCACUGUAAGUAUAAGGAAUAAUAUUUAACAGUGUGAUGCCAACCAAGAAGCCUUUGUACCUCCUGAACACUACGAUCACUGACUGCAACAAACUAAUUCAUUGAACUACUUAUUUCGUGAGUGUUAAUCGGCAACAGUACAAUGUAUUUGCACUUUAUUUACAAGAGUUUACAGAAUAUAGCAAAAUAUUAAAAAGAAUAUACUUUGUGGGCGCAAGAGCUUACACUCUGACACCCGUCCUGCAUUGGAUAUAUACAGGACGAGAAACCCAAAUUUCCACAUAUCACAAUUUCCUCAUUUUUCAAAUCUAAGAUAAUAGUAAAUACAGAGCUUACUGGGAAUUCUUUAUAUAUUACAUGAUGCUUAGCGUGCUUAAAGGGACACUAUAGGCAACCGGGCCAUUUCAUCUCAUUGCAGUGUCUGGGUGCACUGUCGCUGUCCCUUUAGCCCUGCAAAGUCAGAGAAACUGCAAGGUUUAAAUUGCAGGGUUAAAACUGUUUCAAGUGGCUGUCUACCAGACAGCCACUAGAGGCGCUUCCUGCAGCUUUACAAAGUGUAAAUCUGUGAAAUGGCGCUGCCGCCCUCAUGUUUUGCAUAAGGAUGUGUGGCAUCUUUAAAAUCCGCAUAGGAAAGAAUUGUGUCAAUGCUUCUUAUGGGAAAGGUCUAAUACACGCACGGCAUUUGCGGCUCAUGUGCAUUAAGUCUCCCUCAUCGGCUGACGUUGGAAGAGAGGGAGCCUGACCUAGUGCGAGAGGCCACUGCCAUGGAAUCAUUUAAGUAUUUAAAGGGUUAUUUUACAUUUUCAUCGCUGUGGAAGGAUAGGAGCCAGCCACAGAGGCAGAAAGACAUUAUAAUGUUAGAAAUACAGUUUUGUAUUCUUAACUCUAUAGUAUUUCUUUAAAGUCCAGUAUUUGCUUAACUCUGCAAGAAAAUUAAAAGGGAGACUGGUAAACAAUUAUACAAAAAAAUAGAGUUCGAUGCAAAAGGCUUCUAUGUACAAUCUUCGCAGAGAACAUCCCUCCUCUCCUGCAGUGGUAACAGAGUUUACUGUUUCCAAUGAGAGGGAUGCUGUGUGAUCACUAAUGAUUAAAGGAACGCUAUAAACGACUAAAGGAACACCAUAUUGUUACAGAUACAACCCAACCCCCUUUCUUAUCUUUUAUCCAGCACCAAAACUCCCACGAUGCUGCUGCCACUGCGCCCCCUGCGACGUCAUUGUGAAGGUGUUGCUUCCCAGGCAUUCGUCCAGUCUAGUGCUCCUCAAUUCAAAGCUUUCCUAUGAGCAGCAUUUUGUCACAUCACCGAGUGUCACUUGGAAGCUACUGUUUUACAUUACAGGGUUAAAGCAGCACUGUCAUGCCGAACUUACCUUUCCCCAAUCGCUUCCUCUUCUCUACCUCUGUCAGGAUCUGUUCUUCAUUUCUUCCUGUCUGCUCUAAUUUUCUUUUAAACAUAAGAGAAAUUAGGGACUAGUUUGUCUUAUGGAAGUUUCCUAUGCUUGACCGGCGGAGCAACAAAGUGUGCUCCAUUUCUUGUGGUCAGAAAAAUCUUCCCACAAUUCUCAGCUUUCCUCCGUGUUCUCGCAAUGCCUCCUUUCCGUAUUCCCGAACUACUGAAUUUCGUUCUAACAGAAUGAGAGCAGUUCGUCCAUUCGUGUUAGGACACAAUUCGGGACUUUGUUCGGAUCGUGGGGCAUCUCUUAACUAGAGUGAAAUAAGUCUUUCCCUGCCCUGCGGAGCUCAGUCUGGGCCGUGCCCUCGCUGGGUGAAGAUGGAUUACUUAUUUAGCAUCUGUUUUGUUUUUUUCAAACCAAGGGUGUGGAGCUGCACCCAAUCCCAAGUAGUAUGCUUGACAAAGACCGUGCAGGUCGAAACGUUGUGUGUGUGCAGUGGGUUUAAUAAAAUUUGGACCGUUUUCUAUUUUUUCCUUAUCACGGGUUCUUUUUUUCAUCUGAUUUAUUUAUUUUUUUUUGCACUUGAGUUUUGUAUUUUAUUUUCAAAGUUCGACGGGUAUUAUCGAUUUUUAUUUGGCAUUUUUGGGGCUGUAAAAAGAAGAUUUUUGAAAAAAGGAGACAUCAAAUAGUAAGUUUUUUAUGUAUAGGUAUUUUGUUUUCUCGUUCUCCCCUCACUAUUUUUAGGUUGAGGGGGGUAGGUAGGAAUUUAUUUAAUUUUUGGGGGGGUUAUGGGAGAGGUGACUAGGGGCUUGGGGACCCCACUAAUCUUGGGGGGGUGUGGUUACAUUUAGGACAAUCCUCCCCCCCCCCCAUUUUCAUUUAGGACCCCCACCCGCCGCUCAUGGGUGUGGCCGAGGGAAGGACAAUAGGUCUCCCCCUUAUUGUAAUUUAGGGCCCCCACUCGUCGCUAGUGGGUGGGGGCCGGGGGAGGACAAUAGAUGUGUGUCCACUUGCCACUUAUUAGGUCCCUCUGCCACUUAUUGUAAUUUAGGACAUGGGGGGCUUAGGAAGUGGUGAGGAGAACUGCUCCCUGCCGCUUCUAUUUGCACGUAUUACAAGGAGGGAGCUGCGUGCCAGUAGCUCCCUCCUUGUAAUAAACCAAAACGAACGAAGAGGUCUUCGUUCAUUCGUUUGAAAUGUCUAUUCAUUUAUUCGUCUUUCUGAUGAAUGAAUGAAUAGAUGAAAUUCCCGUUUGCAUGUCCAAGUGUUGAACUGGGCAUGCGCAGGAAUUUCUCAGUGCUAUCUAGUGUGGGCAGAUGACGUGUCCCACAGGGACUUAAUCUACCCACUCAAAGAUGGUGGCGCCCAGGACCUAGGUCUGGACAGAAAUCUGAAAAAAUAGUUAAGCUGGGGGGCUUAGGGGCAUUUGGGGGUAUCUAGGGAGGUCAAUUAGAUGUAGUGGAGUCGAGAUGGGGGGUUAGAAAAAACUGUAUUUGGCCAUGACAGUGCCGCUUUAAAGAUAGAGGGACACUGCGCCCAGAACACAUCAUGAUGUGACAUGCACCGAUUAUAUUCUGAUAUAACGUAUUACAAUGUUUGUUUAUUCCUUCUUUGUGUCGAACAUUCCAAUUUGUAGCUGUUAGGAAUGAAAGAAGUAAGAAAAAAUUAUGAGAAUGAAAACAAAAUAAAUAUGUGAUGCAUCGUUUACAUGAUUCACAGUACUGAUGGGGCUAUAACUCCCAUGAUGCUUUGCUAGUCUAGAGAUCAUGGUAAAGUAUCACGGGACUUGCAAUUCUGCAAAAGCUAGAAAGCUAAUUUUUGGCUUCCCCUGAUUUGGACACAUUAAAUAACUCUCAACUUCAUUCCACGGAGUUCCAUCAUCCGUCUGUGUAUUGUUUAUAAUUUUAUAGAUGUGAUGUGCCGUUUUAUUUUAUUCCAGUGCUUGAUUGGUUGGUGCAGCCCAAACCGCGCUGGCUAGGAGGGAACGGAUGGCUACUUGAUGGACCAGAGGAAGUGUUACAAGGUACAUUACACUAAACACUGAGUUUUGGGAGUUGACUCUAGCAGUUUGGAAAAAAACAAAACUUUUAUCUUCUAGGACCCAAUGUCCAUCCCCUCAGCUCCCAACAUGGUAAUACAGGAGAGUCAUCUGUAAAAACACACUGGAUAACAAUGAUUGACUGUGAGAGCCCCACUUUCUGGUUUCUGUGUGCAGUGAGAGCCCCACUUUCUGGUUUCUGUGUGCCGUGAGAGCCCCACUUUCUGGUUUCUGUGUGCCGUGAGAGCCCCACUUUCUGGUUUCUGUGUGCCGUGAGAGCCCCACUUUCUGGUUUCUGUGUGCCGUGACAGCCCCACUUGCUGGUUUCUGUGUGCCGUGACAGCCCCACUUUCUGGUUUCUGUGUGCCGUGAGAGCCCCACAUUCUGGUUUCUGUGUGCCGUGAGAACCCCACUUUCUGCUUUCUGUGUGCUACGAGAGCCCCACUUUCCGCGUGCUAUGAGAGCCCCACUUUCUGCUUUCUGUGUGCCGUGAGAGCCCCACUUUCUGGUAAAAAUGUGUUAUUAAAAGCAGUACUGCUUUGGAAGCCACCAGUGGAAAUCAACUUUAGCUUAAAAGUAGCAAUACAGGGUCAGGAACACAAACAUGUUUUCCUGAACCUAUAGGGUUAAAACCACCAUCUAGCACAGUCCCCUCUUCCCUCCUCAAAAAAUAUAGUCCCCUCUUCCCUCCCCAAAAAAUAGUAAAAUCUUACUUGUAUUCAAGUCUGGAGCUGCAGGCCUUGUCCAUGUUUCCUGUAGACCUGCCUGCUGACAUCAGCAGAAGUUGUAGAGUGAUCCAAUCACAAUGCUUCCCCAUAGGAUUGGCUGAGACUGACAAGGAGGCAGAUCUGGGGCAGAGCCAGCAUGAUUCAAACACAGCCCUGGCCAAUCAGCAUCUCCUCAUAGAGAUGAAUUGAAUCAAUGAAUCUCUAUGAGGAAAGUUCAGUGUCUGCAUGCAGAGGGAGGAGGAUACUGAAUGUUUGGAUGCAUUUUAGGCAGCCAUGACCCAGGAAGGAUCUCUAACAGCUACCUGAGGAGUGGCCAGUGAAGUUAUCACUAGGCUGUAAUGUAAACACUGCAUUUUUUCUGAAAAUACAGUGUUUACAGCAAAAAGCCUGAAGGUAAUGAUUCUACUCACCAGAACAAAUUCAAUAAGCUGUAGUUGCUCUGGUUACUAUAGUGGCCCUUUAAAUCCUUAUUUUAUAAUAUAGGACUGUGUACCAAGAUCAAAGAAUGUGAAUUUUAAUUUUUUUUCAAAACAGUCCAGUUUUGUUUAGUUUGUUUGUUUUGCUACUUGUGCCUUCAUAUUUGAAAUUGGUUGUGAAUAUACUGUUUGAAUAUAUGAAUCAUUAUUAAGAAUUAAGGUGCAGACUCUGACAAAUGAAAUUAGAAAUGAAUACUUUUGCAUUUUAAAACAUUAUUAGUGGAAGUCACAAUGUUCUUUCUGAGCUCAGGAUUCUGCCUCACUCCCACCUACCACAACGCUUUGAAACAAUCUGCUACACAUUUCUAUUGCUUUUUGGAAGUGUUUUCAUCAGUUCGGGCUAAUUAAGCACUUAGUCCUUGAAUAUUAGGAAGAUCCAAUUAGCUACCCAUUAAAUGGAAGGCGUUACAAAUGAAACUUUGAGAAAUGAGGGUAAUUUGACUUCACUACCAGUGAACUGAGUUUUAAAGGACCUUGGAAUGCAACCAAUUCACGAUCUUUUCUGAAAAGACAGAAUGUCAUGUUUGUAUUUAAUAAAACAGUAUGGGAUCAGAAAAUAUGCAGUCUUUUAUAAGACAGUACACACUGGGCUUGUUUUAUAAGACAGUAUGCACUGUGCUCGUUUUAUAAGACAGCACUCAUUUUAUAAGACCGUAUGCAGCGCACUCGUUUUACAAGACAGUACACACUGCACUCAUUUCAUAAGACAAUACACACUAUGCUCAUUUCAUAAGACAGUACACACUGCGCUCAUUUUAUAAGACCGUACACAAUGUGCUCGUUUUAUAAGACCGCACGCACCGCGCUCGUUUUAUAAGACAGUACGCACCAUCCUCGUUUUAUAAAAUAGUAUGCACCUCCCUCGUUUAAUAAGACAGUACGCACCGCCCUCGUUUCAUAAGACAGUACACACUGCGCUUGUUUUAAGAAGACAGUACAUAAUAUGCUCGUUUUAUAAGACAGUACACGCUGUGCUUGUUUUAAAAAGACAGUACACACUGCGCUCAUUUUAUAAGACCGUACACAAUGUGCUCGUUUUAUAAGACCGCACGCACCGCGCUCGUUUUAUAAGACAGUACGCACCGCCCUCUUUUUAUAAAACAUCGCACACCACCCUCGUUUAAUAAGACAGUACGCACCGCCCUCGUUUCAUAAGACAGUACACACUGCGCUCGUUUUAUAAGACAGUACACGCUGUGCUUGUUUUAAAAAGACAGUAGUACGUGCUAUGCUCGUUUUAUAAGACUGCUCAGUUUAUAAGACAGUACACGCUGCGCUCGUUUUAUAAGACAGUAUGCAGGGCAAUGUGCAGUAUGUGCAUUUUAUAACACAAUAUGCAGUGUGUGCAUUUUAUAACACAAUAUGCAGUGUGUGCAUUUUAUUACACAAUACGCAAUGUCUGCAUUUUAUUACACAAUACAAAAUGUCUGUAUUUUAUAAGACCUAUAGACCUAUACUCCAAUGAUACACAUGGAUGUCUCAAAUCCCCAAAAAAUUAAAGAAUGUUUGUUGUUGUUCUUGUGACAGCUGAAGCCUGCAGCACCACUGAAGAUGGGGACGAGCCCUUGCAUUGUCCUACAGGGUACGAAUGUCAUAUAAUUAACCCUGGCAGCCCUACAGAGGGAAUCCCAAAUCGAGGGCAGUGCAUCAAGCAAAAAGGUAACACAGGUCAGUGUGCGCAAGAGUCCACAGACACGUACCCAGAAUUCUCCAUUCUCAGGCAUGGUGUGUCAGAAAGCAUAUUCUACAUCCAGAGUUACCAACAGGUACUACCCCAACUAGGACUCCCAUUAUGCUUUGCCAAGCUUGGCAUCAUUGGUGAAGGCUACCUUUUCCCUACCCUUGCCCCACACAUUGUUUGUUAGUAUCAGUCCUGUUCAGUGUAGGAACCGCAACAUGUUUUGGCACAGAGAUCUGAUGGGGAUCAAGAAAUUAAAGUGGAGCAGCUUAGAGGUGAAUAGUGAAAACACUAAAUGUGAUUUUGUGACCAAGCAUUGGGACAUCCAGAGAAUUGCCAAGGGAAUUUUGUAUUAUAGGCCAAGAUGGCAAACAUGUAAUAAUUCUCCAACUACACUAUUCCUACUCCUCAAUUUCGAUUGCAAUUCUCCAUGAAUCCUGCCAUACUGAAAAAAAACAACCAUUUGUACUAAUGAAUGAGGAGGACACAGAAUGCCUUUGUUGUGUUAGGAAAGGUCUUAUAACACUAUGACACUGUUUUACAUGCUAUUAAAGGGACACUCCUGGGGGGGCAGCGCUUGCAACCAACUGGGUCAGACGCCAUUUCAGCCAGCUCCUCUCUACUAGCCUAAAACUGGCUAAAUAUCAACACCACCCUUACCCAUCCAGCCCCACACACCUGCUAACUUGAAUCACGAAGGCAGCCCGCACCUGGCGAUGCCUUUCUUUUAGCCGAACAAGCAGACAAAGUUAUGGCGCAAGUCCGGGGACUAACACACACCACCAAUCCAAGGCCUGGGGGCUAUCCUCAAGGGUAUUGCGGCAGGAAUCAACAUAAACACUCUCACCACCUCAACGCUGCUCCCAAAAGCCAAAUCCAGCGGCGGAGGGCAGAGACAUCAGCUCCAUGCUGCAGAGACUUGCGCAGCCAAAACAGUCUCCUGCCGAGACGCCGCGGCCUACACAUUCAGACACCACAGGGGGGAGCGAAGAGGUAAGGGCCACACACGACCUAGAGACCUGUCAGAUUCCACCCCCAGAGCCUUACAACGGCACGGCUCCCACAACAAAGAAUGACUUAAAGGUGCUGUUGGCAAACAUACACGAGCUCUGGGCCGCAGACCUAAAGCUUAUCAAUGCUGACAUACACACAGUCACGGGCCGAAUGAAAACAUCUGAAAGGGACAUUUUUGAUAUUCACUCAGACAUGGCCACAAUUAAAGCAUCUUUCACACAGCUACAGGUUCACCAGUCUGCUCUGUCGCUCAGAAUGACAGCCUUUGAAGACAGACAACGCCGUAAUCAUGUUAAGAUCAGAGGCGUCCCCGCUAAUAUCGCGGUCCGAAGAGCUGCCACACUACACCCGAAGGUUGAUGGCGACUAUACUACCUCAUCCAGUUGCCAGAAAGCUGUCCAUCGAAGGGUUCUAUCGCAUAACAGGCUUGCCCAAGGCACAACCUGAGCAAAUAAGGGACUUCAUACUCCGCUGCACCUCUUCUCAAGAUAAGGCCCAUAUUAUGCUGGCCCUAAAAGGCAAAAUGCCAUUGCCAUUUGAAGGCGCAUCUCUAACCUUCUUUCAAGACCUUACAUGAGCCACACUGCUUUGGCGCAAAUACUUAGUCCCAGUUACCUCUCCACAUAGAACCGCUGGAGUGGGGCCCCCCUGGGACUUUACUACUAUUCAUACCAUUACCUCCGGGUCCGACACCCCUGACUUCCUCACCAUGCUGGGCUUAGGAGAACAAACAUGGGACCCUGCCACCAUAACACCGUCUAUACCAAGAUCAGGGACAUUGCAGACCUCCGACACUUGAUUACAUCCACUGCACGCACAUAGAUGGCAAGAACCAGGGAGCACAAGUCACCAAUCUGAGACUUUCGCAAAAAACACAAUGUGCCACAGAAAGUUAUAAUUUUUUGUAUUAUUGUUUUCUUUCUCUUUCCUUCUAUUUAUUUUUCUUUUUAUUCUUGGCUUUUGUUUAUUUAUGCACCACAAAUGGCCGAACAUGAUCUAAUGGCAACUUCCUAAUCCCUUGAAGAAUGUUACAUUUUAUUCAUGCAUUUCCAUUCUAUUCUGUACCACAAUUGCCAUUGUCUCAAUAAAAGAGAGAAUUAAAAAAAAAAAGGAAGGGCUUUAUGUGUAAAGAUUGUGUCCUCUUAUUGUGUCCACUGGCUGUCAAACAGACAUCUGGUCCUGUUCUGUUACUUCCUGGUUUGUUUAGCUCAGUGAAGCUAAACUCAAGAGGCAACAGUUACCCAGUGCACCUGCCUUGUAAAGACUUCUCAUUGAGCUGCAUUGGGAAGUCUGUGAUUGGACAGCCACAUAAAGUCUGGGUGGGGUUAGAAGGGGAGGGCUUGCAAAGGCUGCAGACAAGAGUUCUGCAAUUUAUUUCAAUCUGUUUUUAGAUAAAUCUCCAAUGAAAAGUGCAUAAUUAAAUGCCCAUUUUCAUUGGGGUACAUUUAUUAAACAGUGAUUUAUUUUUUGCAGUAGAGUAGUAGACUGACCUUUUAAUACUUACCUAUAUUGUCACAUGGCCCCUAUACUUCAAAACACACCUUAGUAAUACAAUUAAAUGCUUUUAUUUGUCAUUAAAUAUCUGCAAUGGAUGCUAUUUAUAGGGUCACUCAUAAAGGUCAGACAUGACUCCAGAAUGGUGGGCUCUAUAUUGGGCAGAAGGGGAUUUUAUGUAAAUACCUCUUACUGCCCACUCUCCCCAUGGGUACAAGCUUGCCAGUGGACAUGCCAACCACAGUGCCGCUUAAAUUUGAAAUUCCACGUGGGUUGUCCAAAUGAAAGUUACUGAUUGUGAAUUUGUUUUUCUUUCCAGAUGGAAGAAAUCUGAGACACAAAUAUUACAAAGACUUACCUGGUGAGCUAUUUUCCAUUAUUGAUAUAAUAAUAUUAUUGAUGUUAAAAUGUAUUCACUUAGAAGGAAAGAAGAAAAAAACACACCAAUAGCUAUUAUCCAUUGUCAGCAGACAGAUAUGGACCUGGCAGAGAUCAGACUGUGUGGUCAGUAGAUAUGGGAGGAGGGUGCAGUGAUGUCAGAUGAGUUUACCGGACAAGAAGUGGGGAGCAGAGGUCAGUGGACAUCAGGAAAGGAGGCGAUCCAUAGAAUAUGAUGGAAGGGAAACAAAGAUGGGGAGGGCAGUUAGAUGGGACUAAAACCUGCAAAUCUGAAUUCCACAAAAUUAAAAAAACUUUUUGAACACAAGGAUGCAACAAGUCCACGAUAUUCAAUGCAGCAUCUGUUUUUUUAAACAUUUUACUUAUUAUAAAAGCUGCAGCAAUGCUGUUUGCUCAGGGUCUCCAUAACUUUGUGGCGGGCAUUACAAGUAAUGACUACAGACCAUGCUGGAGAUCCAAAGCCAAAUACCUAAUGAGAUAUACCUGCCGCCCUGACACUUCGACAUAUGACAAAAAUGGGACAGUUUGUGCUGCCUUCGAGACACUGUGAAGAUAUCACAUACUCGGAAUGCCUAGUUAUGUACAAGAAUAUGAAUUCUUCUUGUCUCCCAGUAUAAAAGCUCAGUUUCAGGAGCUGUAAGGCCAACCAUCAGAGCCCAGCACUAGAUUACAAUGUUUGCAUGUUUUAUAUUAAUUAUACAAUUUUACUGUAAAGGUAUCUGGAAUUCAGCUGUUUUCCAAUGAAAUAGGACAAAGGCAUGUGUGCUGUUAUUUGCCAGAUCCACCUCAUCUAUCCCCAGCACCGCUCCCUUUCCAAACAUUAUAUAACCGGGGGACGUGGGUGUGGGAAUUACAGCGGAGCUCACAUUGUUCUCUACUGACUUGCUGCCAGUUAGACUGGCCAUGCCAGGAAUUCUAAAUCCUCCUUGCAAGUUCCAAUGCAAUGAUAUGCUGGCUGUUUUUAGAAAUGAGCUGUAUUGCUCUUAUCACAGCCAGCUUUAAAGGAGCACUAUAGUCACCUAAAUUACGUUAGCUAAAUUAAGCAGUUUUAGUGUAGAGAUCAUUCCCCUGCAAUGUCACUGCUCAAUUCACUGUCAUUUAGGAGUUAAAUCACUUUGUUUCUGUUUAUGCAGCCCUAGCCACACCUCACCUGGCUAUGAUUGACAGAGCCUGCAUGAAAAAAGAAAAAACUGGUUUCACUUUCAAACAGAUGUAAUUUACCUUAAAUAAUUGUAUCUCAAUCUCUAAAUUGAAUUUUAAUCACAUACAGGAGGCUCUUGCAGGGUCUAGCAAGCUAUUAACAUAGCAGGGGAUAAGAAAAUCUUAAUUAAACAGAACUUGCAAUAAAGAAAGCCUAAAUAGGGCUCUCUUUACAGGAAGUGUUUAUGGAAGGCUGUGCAAGUCACAUGCAGGGAGGUGUGACUAGGGUUCAUAAACAAAGGGAUUUAACUCCUAAAUGGCAGAGGAUUGAGCAGUGAGGCUGCAGGGGCAUGUUCUAUACACCAAAACUGCUUCAUUAAGCUAAAGUUGUUCAGGUGACGAUAGUGUCCCUUUAAGCCAGGGAUGGUAAUGUGGUAGAUUGACAGCCACAGUAGGACUACAGUUCCCAUGAUGCUUUGCUAGCCUUUUAGGCUGGUAAUAAUUGUAGUUGUACAUCAGCUGGAGGGAACACAUUUGUGACUUGCUUUGGAACCCUGGGACAUUCCAACUGCCACCUUUCUUUCUUUACACACCAGUUGGUUAGGGGAAAGGUAGACGUGGUGCCAAUCGUAACAACAUCAAGAAAGUUUGUGUAAAAAACAAACAGAUUUUUACAGAAUUUCCUAAGCACCCCCCCAGAUGCAGAAUGUACUUGUACUUCCAAACCCCAAUUAAAGCCCCUUUCUGCACUUUGUGUUUGUUUGGGAUAGCUUAUUAACCAGUCAACGAUAAAGAUCAUUCAAGUUUAGUUGGUCAUUUAAAACUAGUUUGAGGUCAGUGGUUAUAGUUAGUUUGAAAAGUAAGCAAGUGUUCUUAUGAUUGAGAAUUCAAUGACUGCAGGAUAUUUAUUAAAAACAAACGUGUGAAAGGUUAAAAACUGUUUAUGGCUCUUCUCAUAUUAAAUAUUAUUGCUUUUGAUUUCUAUACUGUUGGUAUAAUAAAUACUCUAUAUGCUCUAGGUGGUAACUAUAACAAUAUCCUGGUGGGCUUUGAAAAGCAGCCGCAGAAGCACUUAGGAUAAAGGUCAGUAUGCCGACAUAUUUUACAGAGGGGCUUAUGAUCUAUAAAGUGAUUUGUGAUGAGUUGACAACUGACGUGCUAAAAAAAAAAGUUGUGAUACCUGAACUAGAUUACCCCAGCUUACCGGCCUUCCCCUAGUAAUCCAUGUUAUAUGAAUUGUGUGGGACUCACACAGAAUGUUAUCAUCAAGUCACCAUCAAUGCCACCUAGGAACGUACCCAGAAAAACAGAUUGAUGACGACAUAACCAACUGCUCCACGAGGCUCCACCAGCCUUUACAGACGUCCUUGGCAAAGACAGUCAUGAUUGUGGUAGCGCAGUGCCUGUUCUCCAACGUGCCUGAGGCAUAACUGAACAAGUGCCCCCAAUCAUCACAGCUUUGGAAACAUACGUGUUCAUGCAUUGAACAGUAAUUUGUGAAACAAGUUCAGCAUUUUUUCCAAAGUGUUGUUUUGAUCUUCAUUUUUUGACAUGGUUAUCAGGUGACCUCCGUUUACAAUUUAGUUUAUAAACCCCCUUUUUAAUUUAUAUUUAUUUGAACUAAAUGUAAAUCUACCGAUUUCUGCCAAAGCCAUGAUGUAGGUGGCAUCGAAUGCACUGAAAUUUUAAACGUGUACAAUCCAUAUCAGAAUUAUGUGCCAGUCCUAACCUCUGCAAUAAUUAUAUUAUAUACAAAAACAUCAAGAGGCAAAGAAUUAGUCACAAAUUGAACUUUUUUUUUUUUUGCUUCCAUAAAAGCUAUCGUUCCAUGGCACUCCGCUAUGCUAAGAUUUCGUGAUCAUUGCUGAAUAUGUAUGACUCUUGCGCGACUGUACAGUCUAUGAUUACACAUUAGUGAGAAAUGAAAACUCUUACUUUUUUGCUAUAAUUCCAGCCCACUUGACAAUGCCCCAUCAAUUUAAAGUGAUGAUUCUUCCCCUUUAAUGAGGAUUUGGGCAGAAUGGUGCUCAGACUAGCAUAUAACUUUCUAUUACUAAUCUACUUGUCAAAUGCAUGUUUUUGUUACUCAAGGCACAGAAUGUCCCUGAUUUGUUAGGUAAUAUCUCGCAUCCCACACAGACCUGCUGUUUGUUUUCCUUGUCUAUCCUGGUGUGAAUUAGUUAGAAAUAUGAGCCUUCACGUUUUAUGUACCCCGAGGCAAAUGACCACUUCUUAAAUGUGGUGUGUUAUGUGAAUCGCUUUGAAAUAGAAUCAAUUUAACUUCUUCAGUGUGAGGGAGCCUGUCAGAUCAACCCUGGGUGUACCAAAGGACAGUAAGCAAGUUACUGUUCAGCAGAGUGCAUUGGCUGGGAAUAAAAAUAGUAAUGGUCCAGUGUUACAAAGCAGUACAUAUUAAUAUAAACUACAACAAAUCAAACUCAUUUUCUAGAGUUACAUUGUAGUGACAUAGAAAGUAGGAGAUCUUCUGCACAAGAUGAGAAUCAAAACUCCAAGAAGCAGCGAGGUGAGGUUCCCAGGCAGCCGAGAUUUUUAAGAUAGAAUCAAAAACUGGCAGAUAGAUCUGCUUUUCAAGUUAAAAUUUAGGGGACUGAAACUGUCCUGGAUUAUCAGUGUAGCAUUACCUUUAUUUAUAACAUAUUCUGAAGAACACAAUGGGCAUGCCUUUCAAAGAUACUAUUACCUGUUAGAUUGUGGCUGUGUUGCAAUAAAGGAAUUUUGCUAGCGUCAUUUAUUCUUCAGAUCAUCUGCAGAGGAUAAAUGGCAAUAUAUAACGCAUCUGUCUGCAUUUUAAUGUAUUUUCUUUCAUCUGAUUCACUGUACAUUUAGAACCCCAAGCUGGCUUUACCAGUCACCAUCGCAACUCACCCAAAGAACAUGGUUCCUUCAGAGAUACCCCUGAAACAGACAUCUAAAACUUCUCGCCAUCAAAGAAGCUCUUCCUCGGCUGGUAUUAUCUGUCAAACACAAUGACAUCUCUCCAAGAGAACAUUUAUUAUAGCAAUCCCCUGAGAUCCAACAAGGUGGACAUUGGAAAUCAUAGCUUUAAAAGCUAAGAGACUACAAAUCUUUCAUUUUCCAGAUAAUGAUGUGGUUUUCGCCCCCUGACUUUUCAUAUGGCAUUUAAUGAGGAAAGAAACACUCUUGCCGUCAUGGAACGUUACAAAUGUCCUCCCUUCCUCGAAGACUGCAGCUUCCACAACUUUCACAGAUGCAGCUCCUUUGUUCUAAGUUUAAGGUUCAUCUGCAACUCUUUGGGAGCCAGAAUGAUGGCCAAUUCCAUUGCCGUUUUAAGACAUACGCAUACUGGGGCCAUGCGUUCCCUGGCAGUCUUAUCAACAUUGACAUUCAAACUUUAAAAUUUUAUUUUUCGUACAACAGAAUUAUUUGUGCAUUAAAAUACAUGUGCUUCUACCAUUGUUUAGGCUAUGACCCAUGCAUUUCUCUAGUCCCAGUCUUCCUGCACAGUGAGGGUAAUGUCUGCAGUAACACUGCCCCUGAAUUAGUGAUGUCACAGGAGAAAAUUUCGCCAUCUAACAUGUCCCUACCUCCCUGAGCUGCAGCUGUGGUCCCUACCAAGCCCCAUCCUCCCCUGAGCUGCAGCUGUGUCCGUACCAAACCCCAACCUCCCCUGAGCUGCAGCUGUGUCCCUACUAAACCCAAACCUCUCCUGAACUGCAGCUGUGUCCGUACCAAACCCCAACCUCCCCUGAGCUGCAACUGUGACCCUACCAAGCCCCAUCCUCCCCUGAGCUGCAGCUGUGUCCGUACCAAACCCCAACCUCCCCUGAGCUGCAGCUGUGUCCCUACUAAACCCAAACCUCCCCUGAGCUGCAGCUGUGUCCCUACUAAACCCAAACCUCUCCUGAACUGCAACUGUGUCCGUACCAAACCCCAACCUCCCCUGAGCUGCAGCUGUGUCCCUACUAAACCCAAACCUCUCCUGAACUGCAGCUGUGUCCGUACCAAACCCCAACCUCCCCUGAGCUGCAGCUGUGUCCCUACUAAACCCAAUCCUCUCCUGAACUGCAGCUGUGUCCGUACCAAACCCCAACCUCCCCUGAGCUGCAGCUGUGUCCCUACUAAACCCAAACCUCUCCUGAACUGCAGCUGUGUCCGUACCAAACCCCAUCCUCCCCUGAGCUGUAGCUGUGUUCGCACCAAGUCCUUACCUCCCCAUGAGCUGCAGCUGUAUCCCUACUAAACCCCAGCCUCCCCUGAGCUGCUGCUGUGUCCCCAUCAAACUUUAACCUCCCCCUGAACUGCAGCUGUCUCCCUACUAAACCCCAGCCUCCCCUGAGUUGCAGCUGUGUCCCUACCUCCCUAAGUCGCAGCUGUGUGCAUGUGCAGUCAGGAGCUCUGUGGAAAGCAGAAAACUGCCAACUGGAGUGUAAGUACUGCCCGCUUAUUCUGCAGUUCCACUCACUCUGUGUAGAAGAAUGCAGAGGAAGCAAAUACAAACCAAUCCAAUUCCCCCAGAGGUGGAGGAGGGCUCACAAGAUUUUGAGUAGGAGAUCCAAGGCUAAAUUAAUUCUUACACUAAUCUCCAAAGCCCUUCAGCUUGUGUGGGAUUAAGAAUGAUCCUUCCAUUAUGUAUGUACAAGACAUUUUAAUUAUAAAAUGUGAUACAAAAUAUCAGAACACUAACCGUUUCAGAGUUCUGGAUAAAUUGUCUCUGGAAUCUGUCACCUUGAGGGCUGGCCAUACUUUGUGACAUUUGAAUUGAAAUACUGUGUGUAAAGGCAAGUCCUGAAUGUUCCAAAGCAGCAGGACAUUCUAAUGUUGACUGUUUUGUGUGAGGCCGAGGUUAAUAAUUUACCAAACAUAGUGCAUGCCAGCGAUGGCUGUCCUUGGACCUUUGGUUGGUUUUUGUCGGAACUACAUUUCCCACGAUGCAUAGGAAUGAUAGCCAUUACUGAGCAUGUCUGACAUUGUUGAGGAACGCUCAGAGGCCUCUGAAUCUGCCCUGCAUUACAUUAUCUAUUCUCCUUGUAAAGUUUCCAAGACAUACAGACUCCGUUUAUAGGAUGGAGGAAUAGUCAUUCAAAUAAAAUCAAGAAAUCCCCUCGGUAAGGUGGAUUUAAAUCUUCUGAAAUGUUUAUUUACAUGCCCUUUCGCAGGAUUCCCUUCAUGUAGUAGUAUAAAUGUUCUCUUCCUGUUCCUUGAUUUAAUAUAUAUUGGAAUAAAUAUGAAUAUGGCCACAUCUUAAUCAUUUCAUCCAUUAGUAGUGGUAGGAGGUUCAUGGACGGCCCGGAGUCCAGGAAUUGGUGCACGGAUACCUAGCUACAGGAGUCAGGAGCUGGUAGGUUUACUUUGUGAACAUCAUUUAGCAUAACUCCUGUGUUAAGGGGACACCAUAGGCACCCAGACCACUUCAGUUUAUUUAAGUGGUCUGGGUGCAUUGUCCCUGUCGGACUAGUUCUGCAAUGUAGAACAUUGCGGUUUUGAGUAGUAGCACAGAGUCUAGAGCUGGGCUGCCUAAUAGGUAGAUCCCCAGAUGUGGUAGAACAACUCCCAUGAUGCUUUGCAUGCCUUUAGAAUGACAAAGCACCAUGGGAGUUGUAGUUUUACCACAUCAGGGUAUCUACCUAUUGGGGAGCCCUACUACCAGACAGCCACAAAAGGGGCUUCUGGGAUUUUACCAGACUGGAUCGCCUAACUGAUGCAGGACAUCCUUAUGGAAAAUCCCCACAGGAAUAUAUUGUUAAUGUUUUCCUAUGGGGAGGUCCUAAUGCACUCGAGGCGCUUACCGCGAAUGUGCAUUAGGGCCCUUCGCCAGAUGACUGUAAAGAAGGCAGAGCGGCGACCCAGCUAUCUACAGAAAGUAACCAUGAUGUGUGAUCUGUCAGUAUAUGACAAAGGUCUGAAAAACUGUAAGUUUUUUUGGCUCACGUGUAUUGCUGUUCCUCUAUGCUGAUUCUACGGCCUGGCUUUAUUUUACUAAUAUUGGAAAGUCAGCCAAGUGCGGGUGAGAUUGGCUCAAGGCUAAAUAAAUCCAUAUGCUAUGCGGCACCAGUUUUGCUACAGUUGACCAGCCUGGGAUAGUUUGAAUUCUUAUAGCUGUGCCGCACUCAUCUCCAGGAAUUAAAUUGGGGUAUUCCAUAAAUUCUAAAUUCUAGCAAAUGAAAAUGCCAAAAUUAAGACUAAAAAUUGAGCUGAUCUGGACAAAAAACCAAAACAGAGGUCGUGAAUGUAAUUUGAAAGAAAUCUAGAGUUUUGAGAGUUGCAUGUAUCGCAUGUGCUUAAAUUGUUUUACUUCUUUUUAAAUUACACAUUCCCCCAGUGAAGAUAAAGCCAUGCCUAUUGCUAGAAAUUAAAUCAAAUUAGUGACUGUGUUUAAUUGUUGCUCUGUACAGAAACUACCAUUUGCCACCAGAGGUUUAGAAAAUAAACUAGGCAAUGGACUUCAGUUUUUCACAACUCUCUGACAAUACUGCAGGUCAAGUAAUGGCCAGCAGGGGGAGCCUGGGACUGCUGUAAUCAUAUAAUUGCAUAGGGAAAGUAAGUAAUUUGGUUGCUUGGUAACUGAACAGAAAAACAAACAGCUUAAAACACUGGUCUAAGGACUGUUUGAAUGGCACUGCAAUAUCACAUAAACACAAACAAAUCUAUACAAUAAAUAAAUACACACACAUGUAUUGGUGGGUAACAUUAGCCAAUAAAGUGCCAUAUAUCUGUGUAAUUAGGGAUACCAUAUCCACCCUAUUUUCUGGAACACAUAUAAUAUAUACAAAUUGAUGGGCAAUAUAUAGACAUCAAAUGGUGCUGUUAGCAAAUCAGGGAAUUUAAUCCCAAAUCCUGCAGCAUAGACGUUAUCUGUAAUACAGGGCAGCACUUUCAUGUACUGCCAAUCAACAUGAUGAAAUUAUGUGUGUCCCAGAAAACAUGGUGGAUGUGGCAAUGUAUAUCAGACAUUGUGGGUCUUUGCAGCAUUCACUCAGGUUGCUGCACAGUGUGUGACAAUGAGUUCAUGAUCAUAUUGACCCUGUGUGUGGGGACAGCAGGACAGAACCGUUUCCUGGAUUUAAUUUAAGGCCUAAGUCUGCAGUGGGGGCUGUAAACGUUCUGAAUGUAAGAGCAUUAUGGGGGAUGUAGUCCACAUCAUCUGGAGUGCCAAAGGUUGCCUAUCCCUGGUCUACCUCCUUUCUCUCACACUUUACUGACAGCUUUGUAGGUCAAACUUCAUGGUUGCUUUCCAGUAUCUUGGAAGGUGGGAGGGUAUUUAAACACGCUGAUGAUAUUACAUUGUUUGCAGACUGCCUGUACAGUGCAGAUACCCGCAUUGGGUAUUUUAUAUAUUACACUUUGCAGGUUAGGAAGCUGCUGGCCAUGGAAUGCCAUAAAUUAUUUCCAAAAUUCUUCUACGCUGCAUCUUUGACAAUUCUUAUGCCUCUAGUCUUGGUACAGAGAUUAUAUAUCUAAAAAAAAUGGUAUUCCGGCUUCUAUGUAGUUUUUCAGACCCUGUCAAAAAUGCAUCACUGUGUCCUAUGCUCUAAGUAAUAAAGAGAGGGUGGAAGUCAAAGGAUUAACUCAUUCAGCAGCUGGACUGGACAAAUCCCUUAUUGUUGCAGUGUUCGUGAUGUGUGUUUGUUUAUGAAGCCAUUACAUUUCACCUAUAAUAAUGCUUUUCCACCUUUACAACAUUGAUUUCUCUAGGACAUAGUGAGUGGAUCCUAAAUCCACCGUGCUCCAAGAAUCGGCCAUUGAGCCUGUCUUACAGAAUGUCCUUUUAAUAUUUACAUGAUUAUCCCCCAUAAUGGUGUGUGGGAUGAAUGGCAUGAAGUAGCAAACUGUAAGCAACUAUCCUUGUGGCCUGCGGACAACUGGAUAGCAGUGCAUCCAAUUCCGAGUCCUGGGUAUGUGCUAUUUACCACUUGUAUGGCUAUAUAUAGAGUUUUGGCAUUUCUUUCUCCACCCCAGUACUCAUUGCCCUAGUUGCAGCUGGCACUCCCCAACCCAUAAUAAUUGGCUGUGUAUAUCACUGGGUUUACCCACUGAACUGUAAAUUUUGGGAAACUGCUAAGGGAAAUGCACCAUUUAUCCCAAAAUUGCUAAAUUGUUAAAAUUCCUAAAAUUUGCAUUCCCUUUGUCAAUUUCCUGCAACUCCCAGUUUAUUGAAUAAACCAAUCUUGUGUGCGUCCCUAGUUAAAGGAAGGUGAUUUACACAGCUGUUAUAUUACAUUAUGAAAUGGGAUUUUCCUGCCAUGUUUUAUUGCUCUAUUGUUUUUAUACGCAUGUGGCUGCUGGGAGCAGCCAUCUUCCUUUUAUAGUAGAUUUGUUUCUGAUAAAGCAAUACAUAUAGACGUUGUAUGUCUCCCAGGCCAUACAGUUUGCUCACAGGAUUACAGUGAAAUGUCAGGACAAUUCCCCAAAUACGUAUAAUUUUCAGUUUGGCGGUUUUGGUUACUUUGGACUAAAUUUAGCAAUUUAGAUUUGGAUAUUAUUUGCUCCAUUUUGGAAUAUAGACAAGAACCCAGUAUAUGCUUGUAAGAGGUGCGGAUUCAGGGCAGCUCCACCAGAAGGUACCAAAAACUCUGCACAGGUGUAAAAUGUAAUUGUCACAUCCAGAGCAGUGACAGUGUCCCUUCUGGCCUACAACAGCCCCCCAAAAUACUUUAACACUCCUUGGAGAGAGAAAGGGGAGACAUAGUGCUGGUGUCAGGGCUGUCCCAAGACUGUAGAGGUAACCUGAGACCUGCAGAUAUGUGUGGCUGCAAUAGGGAUGGGGCCUAGAGAUAGGGUUAAUUAACAUGAUGUUAUACAGAGUCCCCCCACCAUCCCAGUGAAUACAAAAUACUCUGCUAGCCUUUGUGCAAACACAGCGCUUUGCAGAUGGGUGAUGCUCUGCAGGUCCCACCCAUUUCAUGCUCUGCUGGCUCCAUCCCUCUGAUGCUCUGCAGUUCUCACCCAUUUGAUGCUCUGCAGGUUCCAUUUAUGUGAUCUGCAGCUCCCACAUAUUUAUGUGAUGCUCUGCAGCUCCCACCCAUUUAAUGCUCUGCAGGUCCCAUUCCUGUGAUGCUUUGCAGGUCCCACCCAUUUGAUGCUCUGCAGGUUCUAUUCCUGUGAUGCUCUGAAGGGCCUAUUCCUGUGAUGCUCUGCAACUCCCACCCAUUUAAUGCUCUGCAGGUCCUAUUCCUGUGAUGCUCUGCAGGUCCCAUUCCUGUGAUGCUUUGCAGGUUCUAUUCCUGUGAUACUCUGCAGGCCCUAUUCCUGUGAUGCUCUGCAGCUCCCAACCAUUUGAUGCUCUGCAGAUUCCAUUUCUGUAAUGCUCUGCAGGUCCCAUUUCUGUGAUGCUCUGCAGAUCCCAACCAUUUGAUGCUCUGCAGAUCCCAUUCCUGUAAUGCUCUGCAGGUUCUAUUCCUGUGAUGCUCUGCAGGUCCCAUUCCUGUGAUGCUCUGCAGGUCCCAUUCCUGUAAUGCUCUGCAGAUCCUAUUCCUGUGAUGCUCUGCAGGUCCCAUUCCUGUGAUGCUCUGCAGGUCCUAUUCCUGUAAUGCUCUGCAGGUCCCAUUCCUGUAAUGCUCUGCAGGUCCCACCCAUGUGAUGCUCUGCAGGUUCCAUUCCUGUGAUGCUCUGCAGGUCCUAUUCCUGUAAUGCUCUGCAGGUCCCAUUCCUGUAAUGCUCUGCAGGUCCCACCCAUGUGAUGCUCUGCAGGUCCCAUUCCUGUAAUGCUCUGCAGCUCCCACCCAUGUAAUGCUCUGCAGGCCCCAUGCCUGUGAUGUUCUGCAGGCCCCAUUCCUGUGAUGCUCUGCAGGUCCCACCCAGGUGAUGCUCUGCGGGUUCUAUUCUUGUGAUGCUCUGCAGCUCCCACCCAUGUAAUGCUCUGCAGGCCCCAUUCAUGUAAUGCUCUGCAGGUUAUAUUCCUGUGAUGCUCUGCAGCUCCCAUUCCUGUAAUGCUCUGCAGGUCCCACCCAUGUAAUGCUCUGCAGGUCCCAUGCCUGUGAUGCUCUGCGGGUUCUAUUCUUGUGAUGCUCUGCAGCAUGUAAUCCCACCCAUGUAAUGCUCUGCUGUGAUGCUCUGCCCAUGCUCUCAUGUAAUGCUCUGCAGGUUAUAUUCCUGUGAUGCUCUGCAGCUCCAUUCCUGUAAUGCUCUGCAGGUCCCACCCUGUAAUGCUCUGCAGGUUAUAUUCCUGUGAUGCUCUGCAGCUCCUUUAUCCCUGUGAUGCUCUGCAGGUUAUAUUCCUGUAAUGCUCUGCAGGUUAUAUUCCUGCGAUGCUCUGCAGCUCCUUUAUCCCUGCG